AUGGAAUAUCUGUCUGCCAGGAUUGACAAGCAAGCCAUAAUGAUGUUUGUCGAUGCGGAGAAGGCAUUCGACAAUAUAGCAUGGGACUUUAUGUUGAGAAAUUUGGAACAUAUGGAAGUUGGUAAAGAGUUUUUUAAUGGAAUAAGGGCAAUCUACACAGAACAAAAAGCCAAACUGAUUAUAAAUAAUGUAGUCACAGAAGAGAUAAAAAUACAGAAAGGAACGAGGCAGGGAUGCCCGCUUUCUCCAUUAUUAUUUAUAACAGUGCUAGAAGUGCUUCUGAACUCUAUUAGACAAAGUGAGAAAAUAAAAGGAGUGACAAUCGGCAAAAGAGAAUAUAAGACUAAAGCAUUCGCAGAUGAUCUGGUAAUUAUGAUUGAAGAGCCAAUAAACACAGCAAAAGAGGUAGUGGAAGAAAUGGAACAAUUUGGAGAGGUGGCAGGGUUCAAAUUAAACAGGAAAAAAACAAAAAUGAUUGCGAAAAAUAUAGAUCAAAGUGCAAUAGAAUCAAUACAGCAACAGACACAAAUAGAGGUGGCCAAAAAGAACUACCAGCACAUCCUGGACUUAGCAUUUGCUAUCAAAGAGAUCAAUGAGAAUCCCAACAUCUUGCCAAACGUCUCUCUGGGUAUCCGCAUCCUCAAUAGCUACUUGACUGCAAGAAUGACUUAUAAGGCCACACUGAGCCUGUUUUCUACACAAAAGAAGUUUGUUCCCAACUUCAGUUGUGACAAGCAGAACCAAUUGAUAGCUAUCAUUGGCGGAUGUUUCUCUGAGAUCUCUGUCAAUAUGGCUUUCAUUUCAGCCACCCACAAAACUCCACAGAAGUAUUCCAUUAACUGCAGCAUAUAUGAUGAUCCUCUCCCUAUUCCACAUGAAUUUUACCAACCAGGUGACCUCAUCAUUGGGGAGAUGGUUUCCCAAGUCUUCUUAAACUAUGAGAGCCUCAGUUUCAAGGAACAACCUACACAGAUCUGGGUCGAUGAACCUGUUUCAGUGCCUAAGAACUACCAGCACAUCCUGGCCUUAGCAUUUGCUGUCAAAGAGAUCAAUGAGAAUACCAACAUCUUGCCAAACGUCUCUCUGGGUAUCCGCAUCCUCAAUAGCUACUUGACUGCAAGAAUGACUUAUAAGGCCACACUGAGCCUGCUUUCCACACAAAAGAAGUUUGUUCCCAACUUCACUUGUGACAAGCAGAACCAAUUGAUAGCUAUCAUUGGAGGAUGUUUCUCUGAGAUCUCUGUCAAUAUGGCUUUCAUUUCAGCCACACACAAAACUCCACAGAUCCAUCACUUUCUAAAGCUCAUCAUGUUCAAUAACAGUGUUGGAGAAACAAUACAUUUUGAUGACAAUGGAGAAUUAGUAACAGGCUUUGAUGUUACAAAUUGGAUGAUGUUUCUGAAUGCAUCAGUGGUUAGAGUACAAGUUGGAACACUAGAUCCUCAGGCUCCUCGAGGCAAAGAGUUAACCAUUCAUGAUGGCCAAAUUGCCUGGCACCAAAGCUUUAAUCAGGUACUACCAGUUUCUGUGUGUAAUGACAACUGCUAUCCUGGCUACAACAGGAAAAAGAAGGAAGGAGCAAAAUUUUGCUGCUAUGAUUGUGUGCCAUGUCCAGAAGGGAUGAUCUCUGAUAAGAAAGACAUGGAUUGCUGCAUCAAUUGUCCAGAAGACCAGUAUGCCAAUGAAAAUCAAACUCAGUGCAUUCCAAGGAUUAUAAGCUACCUUACUUACAACGAAGAUUUGGGGAUCAUCUUAUUUAUUAUGGCUAUUUCUCUCUCUUUUGUCGCAGCUUUAGUUCUUGGAAUUUUUAUGAAGCACAAGGAGAGUCCAAUAGUAAAAGCUAACAACCGGAACCUCACCUACAUCCUUCUUGUUUCCCUCCUCCUUUGUUUCCUCUGUUCCCUGCUCUUCAUCGGACAGCCUGGAAAGGCAACCUGCCCUCUCCGACAAACGGCCUUUGGCAUCAUCUUCUCUUUGGCCCUCUCUUCUGUAUUGGCAAAGACCAUCACUGUGGUUCUGGCCUUCAUGGCUACCAAACCAGGUGCCAAAAUGAGGAAAUGGGUUGGCAAAAGAACAGCAAAUUCUAUUAUCCUUCUCUCCACUUUUAUUCAAGCUGGUGUUUGUACUCUUUGGUUAAGUACCGCUCCUCCAUUCCCAGAUACAGACCCACACUCAUUCUAUGGGGAAAUCAUACUAGUUUGUAAUGAGAAUUCAGCUACCAUGUUUUACUGUGUUUUAGGCUAUAUGGGCUCUCUAGCCAUUAUCAGUUUCAUUGUGGCUUUUCUAGCCAGGAAGUUACCUGACAGUUUCAAUGAAGCCAAGUUCAUCACUUUCAGCAUGUUGCUGUUUUGCAGUGUGUGGUUAUCCUUUGUUCCCACCUAUCUGAGCACCAAAGGAAAAUACAUGGUGGCUGUGGAGAUCUUCUCCAUCUUAUGCUCCAGUGCUGGGUUACUGGGUUGCAUCUUUUUCCCUAAAUGCUACAUCAUUGUGCUGAGGCCUGACCUAAAUAGUAGAGAGCAUAUAAUGCAAAGGAAAAUAUGA